CCGUCUGUCACUUUGAAGUUUCUCUGUUUAUUUUGCCGUAAUGGUCAAUAGUCAUUCUUUUUGUUACUACUAGAAUACUAUUUUUCAUGUUAAUUAUGUCUCUGGUUAUUUAAAUUAGAGACGUUAUCGCUAUUUAAAUUUCAAUGGUUCUUUGUUACUUGAACAAAGGUGAUAUGAAGUGUAAUCUAUAGAAGUGACGAACCAACAUUUAUCCAUAAUUUCUGAUUUCAUUGUUUUUGGGCUUUGGACCACAGUUCAGUCUUUCGGAUAAGAUAAAUAAACAAAAUAUGCAAAGAAAUUUACCCCAGAAUAAAGAGGCUUUAUUAAAAUCAUAUACUACUCGGUUAAAAGAAGAUGUUAAAAGUAUGUUGGAAAACUUCGAAGAAAUAAUCAAAUUAGCAAAACUGGAAAAUGAAACUCAAUUAAAUAGAAUGACACAGAUAGAACAAGACACAUUUGAAAUGCAAGUUAGGGCUGCAAAUAUAGUGAGAGCUGGGGAAUCUUUAAUGAAACUAGUAUCUGACAUCAAACAAUACCUCAUCCUGAAUGAUUUCCCAUCUGUGAAUGAAGCUAUAACACAAAACUCUAAACUAUUCCGUACCAAACAACAGGAAUGUGAUCAAAAGCUAAUGUCUCUACGAGAUGAUAUUGCAGCAGAUUUGUAUGAUUUAGAAGAUGAAUAUUUCACUAGUAUAUAUAAAUAAAUGAAUGUUAUAGUAAAUCCCUUA